UGUAUUCUAACCACACAGUUGGUUUGUUGUUUGUUUCUUGCAACGGAAAAAUACAAAUCACGCAAGAUGAGCAGCGCAAAUAAAGUAGGAGAAAUCUUCACAGCUGCAGGCGCAGCCUUCAAUAAACUAGGAGAUUUAACAAUGCAACUUCAUCCAAAUGCCGAAUCACCAGCUGGAAAGUGGACAGAUGAAGAAAUUGAAAUGUUACGCUCAGUGGUGAAAAAUUUCUCAGAUGGUUUACAAGAUAUCAGUGAACACAUUAAAUUACGCACGGUAAACCAAAUUAGAACAGCGCUUAAAAAGAAAGCAUUUGAAGAUGCAGGAAUUCCCAACAGACAGACCCAAAGUCAACAGAUGCCUCAGCAGUUGAUGAAACAAGAAGUAACACUGAAUAUGCUGAAUGCAGCUGAAACAGAAGUGGAUGUUGAAGGUUUACAUGAAGAUGUCAAGCUGGAUUUUGAUGGUACAGAGGAAGUAACAUCAUAAAACCAAUUCUCUUGCAUUAUUUAGGAAUUAAUAAUUUAAUUAAGUGAAUAUAAUGAUCCACAACAAA